AUGGGCGAAGCCUAUGCCAAAUGGGUGGUUUCAGAGGGGUCAGCAGUCCAGUUCCUGUCCACUGUCUUCUCCCUCUCUGCUCACGUCGUGAAUGAAAGUCUGCCCCACGGGAAUGAGCACCUCCUCAACUGGGCACAAAGGAAAUACAGGGCUGUCACCUCCUUCUCCGAGCUGCGGAUGACUCAGGACAUCUACAUCAAAGUGGGAGAAGAUUCUGUCUUCUCCGACACAUGUAAGAUCGACACCAGGUUCCUGUCUCUGAAUUACCUGGGUGGGUACAUGGAGCCUCAGCCCUCCAGAGGCUGCAUCCUCUCUGGCCCCGAUAAAGAAAGAGAGGUCCAUGUCAUCGAACUCCAGGCCCCCAACUCCAGCAGUGCGUUCCAGGUGGAUGUGAUCGUGGAUCUUCAGCCGCUGGAGGAGGGCGCACCUCUGCACCGCGAUGUCGUCCUCAUUCUGAAAUGUGCCAAAGUCGUCAACUGGGUCAUCAAAGCCCACAGAGUCAUGGGCAAACUGGAAGUGGUGGCCUCAAACACUAUCAGCCUUGGUUCUGGUUUGGAGAAGCUGAUGCACGUGACUAAGUUGCCCAAGCAGUCUUUACCUCUGGGGUCCCAAAACCUGAUCCAGUGGGCAGAGGAACACGGCUACAGCCCCGUCACCUCCUACACCAGCACUUCUGUGGCCAACCACUUCAACCUCAGGCUCCGCGAACAAGACAUCGUGGAUCCUCUUGAGAGCAUGUUUCAUCCAGAUCUGUCAAUCCUCCACGACUCCGUCCCUCGUCAUGAGUCCAGAGCUGCUCCGCGUCUAUCAGGUCUGCCAUUCCCCUUCGCCCCUGCUCGUCCCGGUGGCUCGGAGGACCACCUGCGCCUGCCCCCAUCCCUGAACGAGCAGCCGUGGGACAGCGAGGGGCCAGAGGAGGUGCUGGGAAUGCUCAACGUGGGGCUGACGGUGCAGUGUGCGGAGGACAGGAUGGUGGUCAGCCUUGACAAGGACAGCCUCAAGGCGAACGGAUUUACUAAUGCGAGCCUCACGCUUCAAGACCCAGAAUGCAAAGCGACGGUGAAUGCGACACACUUUCGGCUGGAGACCCCUCUGGAGGGAUGUCAGACCACCGUGUACCCCAUGCAGAGCACCUCACUGCACAUCAACUCUGUCUUGGUGAGUCACGCUGAGUCUAAUGCUGGGAGCGGUAGGCCAUCGGUCUUUGGACUAGAUCUGGACCAUGAUGAUGCUCCAUUCCCACGAGAAGCCAUGGAACCCCCUUCUGUAAUCAUGUUCAACUGCAGCUAUCCAACGAGCGAGGAGUCUUCUGAAACCGUGCCCAGGAUCUUCCCGAAGUCGCAGAGGCCGAAGCCGGUGAACGUGUCCUUCAACAUGGAGCUGUACGACAGUCUCCCCCACAGCGGGCCCUCUCGACAGGCUUUCCACACGGUCUCACACCAUCAGCCAGUCUAUGUGCAGAUCACCUCUGCCACAUCUGACCCAGACCUGAGCUUCACCAUCAUCUCCUGCUUCAUCUCCCCCAACUCCAACCCCCGGAGCCCUUCUGAGCACUCCCUCAUCGAGACGGUUUGCCCCACGGACGACUCCAUCAAAUUCUACCCGUCUGAACAUCAGCCGGGGAAGAAGACGUUCAGCUUCGACUUCAGCUCAAAGUUCAACUUUUCUCUGCUCUUCCUCCACUGUGAAAUGUCUCUCUGCUCUAAAAAGUCUCCAGGAUCAUUCCCUGCGUGCUUACAACCCAGUGAAACUUGUGAUUCUCUGUCGGUGGAUAAAAUCAUGACGAUGAUGAUGGACACAAAGACCUCUACUCAACCUUUAGUCGUGGUGGAUGGAUCUUCUGAACCCGAUAUCACAGUUCUGCCGACACGGACGCCGCAGCCAAGUCCCCCCAUCUCCGACAAUGACAAUGCUGUGUACGUGCUGGACACUCCCACAGUGGUGGGCAUUGCUUUCGCCGCAUUUGUGAUCGGAGCUCUUUUGACAGGGGCUUUAUGGUUCAUCUACUCCCACACAGGGGAGAGCAGCAGUGGUCCUCAGCCUGUGCAGAAGCCUCAGCCUCCGGCCUCAGAGAACAGCAGCGCAGCCCCCAGUAUCGGCAGUACCCAGAGCACCCCGUGUUCCAGCAGCAGUAACGCAUAG